CAAAAAUAAAAUUUGGGCCAUCCUCCUUCUUAGCUCAGCUGGUUACAUCCUGAUUGAAAAGCAAAAUCAAACAUAUUUUCCUCUGUUACCGCAGCUUCACUGGUGUUUCUGCACCUGUCCCACCGGUGGGAGGAUGUCUUUGGAAAGAAAAGAAUUGUGUACGGCUGUAGUAGUUGCUGCAGUGACCUUGUUUCUGCUGGAUGCUGUUGGUGUGGUGCAGGCGAAGAGCUUUGAGGAUGUUCGCUGCAAGUGCAUCUGCCCGCCUUACAGAAACAUCACCGGCCACAUCUAUAACAGAAACGUCUCCCAGAAGGAUUGUAACUGCCUUCAUGUUGUGGAGCCCAUGCCUGUUCCUGGCCAUGACGUUGAAGCAUACUGCCUGUUGUGUGAGUGCAAGUAUGAGGAGCGAAGCAGCAACACCAUCAAGGUAACUAUCAUCAUCUACCUGUCUGUUGUGGGUGCUCUGCUCCUCUACAUGCUGUUCCUGUUACUUGUUGAUCCUCUUAUUCGCAAACAUGACCCCUACACGCAGCCGCUGCACAAUGAGGAGGACGCAGAGGAGAUGCGUCCCCAGGUGGACAGCGCCCAGGCCCGAGGAAACACCGUGCUGGAGCGGGUUGAGGGAGCUCAGCAGCGCUGGAAAAAGCAGGUCCAGGAACAACGCAAGACUGUUUUUGAUCGCCACAAGAUGCUUAGUUAAACUCUACAGCUGACCUCGUAUCAGGUUUAGAGGAGGUAACUUUACUGGGCUUAACGCUUUUACACUUUCACCAGCUGCACUGUAACUAACCUCUUCUAUUCUGUGUAUUGCACACUUUGAAUUAGUAGUUCCUCCAUAAGAAAUAAUGAACCACUCAAAUACACGCACACACCACUUAAUCAGAUUAAGUUUGUUUAUUCUGUGUAACACUGUAGAAGACAUGUUGCAGUUGUGAGAAAAAAAAAGCAGCAUGUUAGCGCACUCUUGAUUACGUUGGCGUAUUGCAUUCACUUGAAAAUAAAAAAAUCCUCCUGUUUUUACGACAUAACUAUGUCGUAAAAACAGGAUUUUUAAUUUAUUUUUGAUUUUCCUGUUUUUAUGAGAUAGGAACUCGAAAAAAGAGAAUUCGAUCAGACCUAGGGACAGAGAACUGUUAUGUGAUGCAGAUGCAGAUAUUCCUGAGACAUGAUCAUGUGGAUGAUUUUUCACGCAGAUGCUAUUUGUAUGGUUCAAGCAAUCAUAACCAACACAUAGAGAACUGGUGGGGAUUUUUGAGGAAACAAUAUGCACUGGAUCAACAUCUUUAAGGAUUUGAAAGAUUCUGACUACUUCUUAACCC